ACACCAUGAAGGUUUGGGAGUGCAUCAUCGAGUAUAGGUUGUGGAAAGGGGCUUUGCGUUUCUAAGAUCCAGUUUGGUUUCAUGCAUGACCAAUCAACCGCAGAUGCCAUUCACCUCCCGCGGAUAUUGAUGGAAGAAUAUAGGGAUAAGAUGGAUCAUCAUAUGGUGUUUAUUGACCUCGAGAAGACGUACAACAGGGUGCUGAGGGAGGUAUUGCAAAGGGUGGCGUUGCUGGUAAGGGUGGCGCCGAUGGUAGGGGGCGGCGAUGGUGAGGAUGCGUCCGUGGGCUAUGAAUGUGAUGGUGAGAGUGGAGCGAUUACGGCAACGGCAGGGCUGGAGGCGAGGAGGGGAGGGGCUAGGUGGAGGCUGUGGUGGGUUCUUGAUGCCACACAUCUCCAUCUCUUCCACCCCCAGCAGCAGCUCUCCCUCAAUCAUGGAGAGUUUGGUGUGCAGGGGAGUCAUCAUCAUCAGCUGGGAUUCGGUAAUGGGGAGAUGAGAUCGGCGCCGGCUCUGCCUUUCUCCCCCGCCGGCGUCGCUGCUUUCCCGGGGAGUUUUCUUCCCCUCCAUCCGUCUCUCCUUCCCGGCGACCCUCUUCCGGCGAAGACUUCGCUCAACACCGAGAGCGGCCUCACUCAUAAUCUCCAGCAGGUUCCCAAAAAGAGACCCAGAGAUUCGCCAUCUCUGAACCCGCCCGCCGCCGCCGCUCCGGAGAAGAGAACCCAGAUCCCAUCUCUCUUGGGUGAAGAAAUUCUGCCCGUAAUCCAACAGUAUCAGCUCGAAAUCGACACCAUCGUAUCUCACCAUGCGAAGAAGAUGAAGAUGGAAUUCGAAGAGAGGCAGAAGAAGCAGGGGAGGAUUCUGGCGGCGUCGAUCGGAGAAAGGGUGAUGAAGAAGCUCAAGGAGAAAGACGCCCAAAUCCAGAGAUUGGCGAAACUGAAUUUCGCCCUCCAAGAAAAGCUCAAGAACCUCUGCGUGGAAAACCAGCUAUGGCGAGAUCUCGCCCAGUCCAACGAAGCCGCCGCGAACUCCCUCCGGUGGGACCUGGAGCAAGUCCUGGCCCACAUCGGCGGCGACCGGAUCUCCGGCGUGGGCAGGGCCGCGACGGAGGAGUCUUGCUGCGGGAGCUGCGAGGAGCCGGAGGUGGGAACACCGGCGGCGGCGGAGGAGAGGAUGUGCCGGCGGUGCGGGGAAAGGGAAUCGAGUGUGCUCCUGCUGCCGUGCAGGCAUCUGUGCCUGUGCUCUGCUUGUGGGUCCACCGCCAUGCCCAGAAACUGCCCCGUCUGCAACUCCGCCAUGAAUGCUACACUCCAUGUUAACAUGUCGUCUUCCUGAUCAGAUUUCGGGAAAACGUCACACCAUAAACCAAUAGAAAAUUAGCAGAGGAACAGAAGUACGGACUAGUUUUUUCUUUUUC